AGACGAGAAAAAGCGGACGUUUCAAUAAUAAUGUUCAUAGCUAGGAUGUUUCGUGGAGAAGUUCUUUAAUUCGUAUAAAGCGUAAGAUUAGAAUGAUAAAUCCAAUGUUUGAUACAUCUAGCUGAUCUCAGCUGCUCCAGGAACUCAGUGAUUUGAAUUGAAUAGCAUCACACAAAAAACAAUGGCCAAGAAGUUUAGUAAAAAGGAUUUAGAUGACCAGUUUGAAGCCUUUCUGAAAGAGUCUAUGUCAGAUGAUGAGGGAAUAAAUUCUGCUAGGGUUUCCAAAUAUUUGAAACCCAAAGAAAAACCAAAGAGUAACAAGCCAUGGUGGAUGAACGAAAGUGAUGAGGAGGAGGAACAACAACCAAAGGCCAAAGAAGAUCUUGGAAGCACUGGCAAAAGUUUCCUGAAAAGCAAACCUAAGAGAGCAGACAUAUCACAUCUUCUUCGUCAAACCCCUUCGCCGCCUCCCACCCAGACUCAAAGCAAAGUAGAUGUAACAAUGAGCAGAGACAGUUUAGAGGAUCUUAAUUCAAAAGCCAGAGAGGAACAGAAAAGACAAAAGAGUGUGAUGCUGCCCAGGGUCAGCCUGGAAGACACUCAGAGUUACACAGAAUCUGGUGAUCAAGAUGCCAAUGCCACUAUCCCACCAGGUAUGGAUACACUAGAUGAGAAAGCAGAAAAAGAACGGUUCUUUCAGGAUUUGGAAAAUAAAGAUGAACCUGCAGAUUAUGGGAAACUAAAUAAAGACUUAGAGGCAUCUGGUACUAUGGCAGGCACCCUAGAAUCAACAGGUGUUGCUUCUGACCAAGGUGGUUUUCUGAAGUAUCAGGAAGAAAGUAAAGAGUACAGUGAUGAUGACUUUGAAGACAGCAAGGAACAGGAGAGACCAAAGAUCACACCUAGGAAGAAAAAGGAGGAAAAGAGUGGCAAUGAACAGAAAUUGAAUCUUUUAUCAAAAGUGUCCCUCCUGGAUACCACGAUGGACUCCACCAUGGACACUGGCACCAUGCCUCAGGAUAAAGCUAGGAGAGGAUCCACUAUCCAGGAGGAGGAGAGGGAAGACCACCAGACUGGGAGGGAUGUGGGGCUUAAAACUAAAACUGGGACAGGAUUAUUCACUGACACUAGUCAAGAGAUAGCAGCAUUACAGAGUGCCCUGAGAGAGGCCGGCAUGUCUACAAUGCUAGGUACAGGAGAUGCUGACUCUGUAUUAAAAGACACUGGGGUGCAUGACAAGAGUGAUGUCAGCCAUGUCACAGAACAGACAGAGGGAACUAGGGGCUUUGGUCUAAAGCCUGUGGCUGGAGGAGAUACUGACAAGCCUUCUCGCACUGUUGAAGAUCUUCUAAGGGAGGCUGAAGAAAUUGAGAGAAGAGCCAAAGCAAGGCAGAGUCCACCACCAGUGGAUAUAUCAUAUGAUAAUGGUGGUAGAGAUGAGAAGUCAGAUGACAGACCUGCACUAUCCCCUGUACACAAAGAAGUCUCAAUAUCUGACCUGUUCAAGGACUUGGAUGAGCAGGACUAUACGACACAGAAUCAAUUGGCACCUAUAAUUGAGCAUUCUUCACCUAAACCACCCAGACCAGCUAAAAGAUCUAAACCUAAGACCAAAUAUGCUGAUAUCCCUAGUUCAGGCUAUGGGCUUAGAACCCCAACAAAGCCUAAAGGAACAUCCUCCAGGAAAACUGCAUGGUCACCAAAGGACACCAUGAAACAAAAAAUAAAAGGCACAGAGACAAUAACAGUGAAAGAGACAGGAAAGAGUAAAGUGGCAGAUACCCAUUUACUGGCAUCAGUGGAGUCCUUUGCACAGUACAUAAAGGAGCAAUUUGGAGACAAGCCUGGAAGACACAGGGAGAAAACAGAUGCACCUUGGCUUGAGGAAGAACCAAUUAUGUCACCACAGCAAAGAGAAGAGAGGAUUUCACAAAUUGGCAGGGAAAAGGCCUUGCAACAGGAAGUUAAAGACUGGCAGGAGCAGUGGAAGGAAGAGAGAAAGAUGAAUGUAAAGAUGAGGGCUGAUGCAGGAGCAUUAGAAAGAGACUAUGAAAGGAAGCUUGAAGAAUACAAAUUGAAUUAUGAGCAAGAAUUGUUUAAACUGAAACAAGACAAUUUUGUUCUUAUGGCAAAGGUAUCAGAAGCUGGACCAGAAGAAAGGGACAAAAAGAAGAUCCUGGAGGGAGACAGCCUGGAAAAUGUUAGCAAAGAACAAGUGCAAUGGAUGGAGAGAGAAAUUAGAGAGCAGGAAAAGCUGAUGCUGGGCUAUCAGCAGGAGAAUGAGAGACUUUACAAAGAAAUGAAAGCUAUGCAGAUCACGAAUAAAGCCACAGAAGAGAAAAUGUUCAAAGAGAACCAGAGACUUACAGCAGAGAUUGUAUCUUUAAGAACACAGUUAGAAAGACGCGAGGUAGAAUUGAAGAAUAAAGGCAUCAUCACCAGCUCUCUGGCUCAGCAGCAGAUAGUAGCAGGCAGUCCAGGCACAGCUAUACUGGGAGCUGGCAGGAUUGCACAGUUAAAUGCAGAGCUCAGGCAGGCACAGGACAAGAUUUUAAAGCUGGAACAGGAACUGAAAACAGCAGAGCAAGCCAGGACUGAACUUGAAAACCAUAUAGAAGUUAUAGUCAGAGACAGAGAAAGAUAUGAGGACAAGAUCAAAUAUGCCAAGGAAAUGAAAUCUCAGGAAAUCAUGUCAGUGCAGCAGGAGCAUGCCAAGGAGAUCGAGAGGCUGAACAGGAAACUGAAGUGGUAUGCUGAGAACCAGGAGAUGUUAGACAGAGACUCUGAUGCCUUGAAGGAGAAAAAUGAUGAGAUAAGAAAACUCAAGAAGAAGAUUGAGGAUCUGGAGUCUGAGAGUGGAACCAGGCAACUAGAACAGAAGGCAAGAGCAAAGGAAAGAUCCACAGAGGCAAAGAGAAUACAAGAUUUAGAGAGACAGGUUAAAGAAAUGGAAGCAAUAAUGAGAAAACGCCACCCAAACUCCUUGCCUUCCCUGAUAUGGGCUGCAUCUCAGGUACAAGAUCCAAAGUCACCAACCAAGGGACCUAGUGUGCAAUUCCUGGAGAAACAGGUGAAGAAACUGGAGGCAGAGUUAGACAAGAAGGACGAAGAGGCUAAGAAAGGCCUGAGAGUGAUGGAGCAGAAGUACAAUGCUAUUAAGUUUCAGUACGAGGAGCGCAUACAUGACUUAGAAGAUCAACUGUACAAGUACAAAGCAGCAGAUGCGUCAGAGUUGAGAGCACACCCACACACAAGCACUGUUGCACUCCACAAAGAGCUUGAUGCUGUGAAGGACAGACAUAAAAAAACUGUGGCAGAACUGGAGGCUGAGAUUGAAAGGUUGAAGAAAGAGUUAACGACCUUGAAAAACAAAGAAAAAGCUGCAGCCAAAGCAGAAGCCAAGGCAGCUGUAGAAGCUGAGAGUGAGCUGGAGCUCAGAGUGAAGGCAUUAAGUCUUGAGCUGGUCAACAAAGAUAAAGAAGUAGAGGUACUGAGGAAAAUGGUAAAUCAACUAGAAAUUGAGAAGAAACAUGUUGAGAUGGAUGCUUUGAGGCAAGCAGUCAGGCCAGGAGAAAAAGGAAAAGCAGUUGUCAAAGGAAAAGGAAGAGGAAAGGCUGGCAAGAAGACAUCACCACGUGAUCCUGCAGAGCAGCAAGAGAAACCACCGGUUUUGUCAGUCUUUCAGGAACCUUAUGUGAAUGGGAAAGAAUAUGAACCCAAGACUUUUUCUGGAUCUCAUAUAUCAGAUGUCCAAAGAGAAAAUGAAGAGUUGAAAGCACAGGUUGACCAGUUACAGCUAGAGUGUGACCAUCAGAGAGUUAACAUGCAGAAAGCAGUUGCUGAGGCAGAGGCAUCUAGUAGAAGGGCAAGGGAAGAUAUGGCAGAGCAAAUGGCAGCACUUAGAAAAGCCCACCAAGAUGAGCUCCAGAGGAUCCUGACUGACCAUGCCAUGAAGCACUCCACCUCCAAACUUGUAGAACUGCAAAGUAAAGUGGACUCACAGCAGGUAAUGUUAAAGCACCUCAAAGAGCAACUGGCCCAGGCUGACAUAGAUAGAGAACAGUUGUCUGCAGCUAGAAUUAGAGAAACUGCCUUAGAAUCCCAGGUGAAACAGUUACAGGAUGACCUCAGGGAGGCCAAAAAACAUCACUCACCAGAAAUGAAACACUUUGAGGCACUACACGAGAAAAUUACACAAAUGGAAAACAGGCACAGGCAAAGAGAGCAAGAACUACAACAGAUCAUCCGAAACACUAAGCUGAAUGCCGGGGUGGAACUGAAUAGGGAAGUAGACAAAUGGAGACGCAUGGUGGAGGUGAAAAAUCAAGAGACAGAAAGAUUUAGGAUAGAGCUGGACUCCAUAUUAGAAGUGCUGCGAGAGUUACAGAGACAGGGUGUUUCUAUGCCUAUGGGUGAAAUUAGGAGUUUCAGGACGUCUUGAUAAUUGUCCUUUUAUAAUUUUGAGUAUGCCGAUAAAAAGUUCAUGUUAAAUCUCCAGCAUGGCCAUGUGCUAAAUAUCUUCAUGUGAGCAAGGUUUACAGUUUUCCCAUCUAUUUUAUAGGCCCUUAAAUGUAUAAUGUUGGUAAUCAAUUUGAAACAUCAAAGUAAAAUGCAAACAGAAAACCAUUUGAUAAUUACUUUUAUCUAUUAUCAUUAGAGCAAUUGUCUUGAUCAUUACCUCAACAAAUGUAGAAAGUUGUGGUUUCAUUUGAAAUAAGUGAUAAAACUAAUUUAAUUUGGUAGAACGAAAAAAGGAAAUGUUUAUAGUAGUACUUGUAUGAUCUUUAUAGUAUUUGACAGGCACUGAAUAUUAUGCAUUUAAUGAUUUGAGUGCCUUUUAAGAAUCUUACAUAAUUGCUUCAAAUACCGUAAAAUGUUAUUAAGAAAAGAAAACUUGAGUGGCAUAAAUGAAAUUAAAUGGAGAUCAUUUGAAAGAGAGGUAACUUGGUUCAUCAUAUUAUUGUAAAAAGAGUUAUCAUUGACAACAUGAACUUGACAAUAUCCCGUCUUGAGGUUUAAUGGUAGGUUUAUGUGAACAUUCAUGACCAAAAUAUCUGCAUAAAUUGAAACAU